ACACAAGUAUUCAAUUAGUUCGUACUUGUUUAGUGUUGAAUUGGGACCAAGACAAAAAAAGUUCUUCUAUCGAAGAGGCUCGCGCUUCUUUUGUUGAAGUAAGCACAAACGGUCUAAUUUGUGAUUUCCUAAGAAUCAACCUAGCGAAAUCCCAUAUUUCAUAUAUCAGUAGAAAAAGGAAUGAUCCAUCAGGUUCAGGACCGAUCUCUAAUAAUGAGUCAGAUCGAACCAAUAUUAAUCCAUUUUAUCCCAUUUAUUCCAAGACAAGGAUUCAACAAUCACUUAAACAAAAUCAAGGAACUAUUAGUACGUUGUUGAAUAGAAAUAAGGAAUGUCAAUCUUUGAUAAUUUUGUCAUCAUCUAAUUGUUUUCGAAUGGAUCCAUUCAGCGAUGCAAAACAUCACAAUGUAAUAAAAGAAUCAAUUAAAAGAGAUCCUAUACCUAUAAUUCCAAUUAGAAAUUCAUUGGGCCCUGUAGGAACAGCCCUUCCAAUUGCGAAUUUUUAUUUAUUUUACCUAAUAUUAAUAACUCAUAAUCAGGUCUCGUUAACUAAAUAUUGGAAACUUGACAAUUUAAAACAGACUUUUCAAGUACUUAAAUAUUAUUUAAUGGACGAAAACGGGAGAAUUGUUAAUCCUGAUUCAUGCAGUAACAGCGUUUUGAAUCCAUUCAAUUUGAAUUGGUAUUUUCUCCAUCAUAAUUAUUAUCAUAAUUUUUGUGAAGAAAGAUUUACAACAAUUAGCCUGGGACAGUUUAUUUGUGAAAAUGUAUGUAUGGCCAAAAACGGACCCCAUCUAAAAUCGGGUCAAGUUAUAAUUGUUCGCAUGGACUCGGUAGUAAUACGAUCAGCAAAGCCCUAUUUGGCCGCUCCAGGAGCAACCGUUCAUGGCCAUUAUGGAGAAAUCUUUUACGAAGGAGAUACAUUAGUUACAUUUUUAUAUGAAAAAUCGAGAUCUGGUGAUAUAACGCAGGGUCUUCCAAAAGUGGAACAAGUGUUAGAAGUGCGCUCAAUUGAUUCAAUAUCGAUAAGCCUAGAAAAGAGAGUUGAGGGUUGGAACGAGUGUAUAACAAGAAUUCUUGGAAUUCCUUGGGGAUUCUUGAUUGGUGCUGAACUAACUAUAGUGCAAAGUCGUAUCUCUUUGGUUAAUAAGAUUCAAAAGGUUUAUCGAUCCCAAGGAGUGCAGAUACAUAAUAGGCAUAUAGAAAUUAUUGUACGUCAAAUAACAUCCAAAGUUUUGGUUUCAGAAGACGGAAUGUCAAAUGUUUUUUCACCCGGAGAACUAAUUGGAUUGUUGCGAGCGGAACGAACGGGACGCGCUUUAGAAGAAGCCAUCUGUUAUCGAGCCAUAUUAUUAGGAAUAACGAGAGCAUCUCUGAAUACUCAAAGUUUCAUAUCCGAGGCCAGUUUUCAAGAAACUGCUCGCGUUUUAGCAAAAGCCGCUCUCCGCGGUCGUAUCGAUUGGUUGAAAGGCCUGAAAGAAAACGUUGUUCUAGGUGGUAUGAUACCCGGUGGUACCGGAUUCAAAGGAUUAGUGCAAGGCUCAAGGCAACAUAAUAACAUUCCUUUGAAAACCAAAAAGAAGAAUUUAUUCGAGGGGGAAUUUAGAGAUAGAGAUAUUUUAUUCCACCACAGAGAGUUAUUUGAUUCUUGCAUUUCAAAAAAUUUCUAUGAUACAGCAAAAUAA